AUGAGCUCUACCGCGAGAGCAGGCCAGGAUGGCAGUAAUGAUGAGGAUGGAGAGGAUGACGAAUCGGUGCUCAGCGACGAGGGAUUUCCGACGGUAGAAGAGGGAGGACAGGAAGAUGGCGUGGAGUAUGGGGACUUCAUUGAGCCUGCUAUGCCCGGCGUUGAACGGGACGAGGAGGACGGGGUACUGCCAGCGGCUGGUGAGGGCGAGGCCAUGGUUGGAGCGGAUGCCGGCGAGGACGACAUGCAUCUCAGCAGGCAACAAGACGGACUACUGGAGGGAGAAGGCGACGAUUCUGGCCCGGCCACCCCACUGGCGACGAGUCCGCUUGCUAGUCUGCAAGACUCCGGUUCCAUCCCGGACGACACUCCAUCUCUACGCGGAUCGUGGGCCUCGUCCCCAGCUCGUGGAGCGUCUCCACUGGCUCGAAGAGGAGUGUCUCGAACUCCCUCGAGCGCUCUACAACCUUUCGAGCGCCGCUUCGAGACUAGAUUGUCCGUAUCACCAUCAGCAUCUCCCAGGGCACAGUCGCCAGCAUUUCUCAGUCCGCAUUCGAGACAGAUAUCGCUCUCUUCCAGACUAUCUGGCAUGUCCUCACAGGGCUCCGAAGCAGAUUCAGAGACUCCUCAGGCGCCCUGGGAUGUUAUACGAUGGACAAAACUCCGGAAAAUCACAGCUCAGGUAUUCUCAGAAGCCGGCAAGCGGAACUUUGGCCGUCCCACCUGCAUAGCCGUAUCUGCUCUCAUAGCCAUCGGCACUUCCAAAGGUCUUGUUCUGGGCUUCGACUAUCAUCAAACUUUGAAGAUCAUCAUCGGACAGGGCACAAAGGCGACCGAGUGCGGAUCAAUAACUGCUCUUGCUAUUGCUGCAGACUAUUCCACCAUCGCCAGCGGGCACGCGAAUGGAUCAGUAUUCACCUGGGAGAUCAACAAACCGGCAAGACCCUUUUUACACAUUCCACCCAUCGACAGGAGCGCCUUGCAGGAAUCACAGCAUCCUGAUGGUCAUGUUAGUAAUUGCGCCAUCCUUCACAUUGGCUUCCUCGGCACAAGACAUACAGCCCUUGUAUCAGCUGAUGCUGGUGGUAUGGCGUUUUCUCAUCUUGCCACUCGCGGUUUGGGUGCUGUUACCAGGUCAAUCAAGACCACCCGGUUGCUUGGAAGGUACCCAGCGACCAACCCUCAAGUUGAGACGACCCGGAAACCCAGUUCUGUUCUCGCUUUCUCGCCACUUCCUCUCGGCAACGUCGAGCAGGCUACUGAUGGUAUGGGGUUGACUGCGCUACUUACUCCUUAUCUGCUUGUGAUAGUAUCUACUACGCCCAUCGCACAGACACAGCACAAGGCCUCACGUCCCAAGGAAGUGUCGCCUCAUAGCACCCUCAGCGGAUGUCUGSCAUGGUUUCCCGCCGUCAAGCUGAAAAGCUCCAACGUCGAUGCUGACAGGAGCAAUUCUGAUACCAAGCUCGUCUAUUGCUGGUCCAACGUGCUCACGGUGUUGGAUGUGAAGAUCGUCGAGAAUGACACCUCAAUAGACCCGCAGAAACCUCCGAGUCUAGAGUUCCACGCACGGAGCCGAUGGCGUGCGGAUGAGGCUAUAGUAGCCGUGCAGUGGCUUGGAAGAUCUGUUCUGGGCAUCCUGACAAUCAGCCAACGACUUUUGAUUGUGGAAGAUGGCACCUUGCAAGUUACAGACUCGAUCGACCUACUGCACCGGCAUAUUUACCACCAGGAUCCAUUCUCGCAUCAACUACACGCUGUGAUUGAACAGCUGAACUCAGACGACCCGUCGAUGCAUGGCGUCGUCGCGGAUGCGUUCUACAUGAGCUUUCGGGUGUACAAAGGAAGGACCUUUCUUCUUGGCUUCAACGAUUUGACGGUAGGCACUCUGUCAAACUGGGCGGACAGGCUUGUGGCCAUGAUGGAAACUGGAGAUCACAUCGCGGCAAUCAGACUUGCCACCGAAUACUACACGGGAGGUGCUAACAACGUGACCAUUGGUCUGCCUGAAAAUGAUCGUGCACGGCAUACACUAGUAAAGGAGAGGCUACUUGCCAUCAUCUCAGCUUCGCUGAAUUAUACAUUCUCCCAACAGGACAGUGCGCGAGAGACGAGGCUGCGGGAGCUGGCCGAAGUCUGCUUCGAGGCUUGUGUAAGUACGCAAGAUCUGGAUUAUCUUUUCGCAGAUGUCUUUGACUGGUUCCAAGAAGCAGACGAAGAGUCGGUUUUCAUCUCCACGUUGGAACCAUAUGUCCUGGACGGAGAGGUCAAAAUGCUACCGCCGGAAGUGGUAAAGGCCGUGGUUGCCCACUUCAUUGGGGAGAAUCAGGCGGCGCGGCUGGAAGAGCUACUCUGUCGAUUAGACCCGCAUGCCUUUGACCUGGACCAAGACACAACGCUCUGUCGGCAGCAUAGCCUGUACGAUGCACUGAUUUAUAUAUGGACACAAGCCAUUGGCGACUAUGUCACGCCAUUGAUCGAUUUGCUCGCCCUGGUCAAAUUGCUCGAGGGUAAUGAAGAUGAAGAUUUGAUCGAACAUCCAUUCUACGAGUCGACUGUGAAGGUGUUCCCCUACCUGGCUUAUUCGUUGACUGGUCGAAGAUAUCCAAGCGGAGUUCUCGCAGAUGAUCACGAAGCACUCCGAGCGAAAGGCGAUCUGUACGAAUAUCUCUUCGCGGGAAGUCCAAUGGCAUGGCCGCCCGGUAGUAAUAAAGUCUUUCGAACUGCCAGCAAAGCAGAUGAAGAGCCGGCAUUUCCUUACUUGGAUCUGCUGUUGCAAUUCGAUGCUGCGAGCUUCAUGAGCAUGCUCAACGAAGCAUUUGAGGAUUCGUAUCUCAAUGAAGCAGAUGACGACUCAAGUCCGAGCGGUGUUCCUCCGCUGAAUGGGAUAUCAAGCCGGAAGAAGAGCCGGCAACAGAUCAUCGAGAUCAUGCUAGACGUCAUGCGUCAAGGCGACUUCAGCCUAGAGCAAGUCAUCUAUCUCGACAUGUUUGUCGCACGCAGCUUGCCAAAGUAUCCGGRCCAGCUCAUACUUUCCGGAACACUGCUGAAUGGCGUCCUGCAACGCCUUUGCAAUCCCCCGUCACAGACCUUGCGAGACGAUUGUCAACUGAGCGUGGAGUACUUGCUGUCCGCAUAUCACCCUUCAAACAUACCCGCUCUGAUCAAAGACCUCAUUGACGCCAAAUUCUACCGGAUACUGAAGUCUGUCUACCGCGGCGAGCGCAUGUUUACAGAGCUCCUCGAGACUCACUUUGCAGAUCCUGAGGAUAAGCAGAGCGUUUUCGACUGCAUUACACAAUGUUUACGUCCAAGCACGGCUCUGUCCGAGAAACAGGUACAGGCUAUCAAGCGAGUAAUCACAACACACAUCCAGGAGCUGACCGAUGUGAGCACCGUCUCAACAUCUCGCACGCUAGCGGUCUCUGCUCCUGAUUUACUGCAAGAAAGCGUGGAUGCAUUGCCCGAUUCGCACCAACAGUUCAUAUUCCUGAGAGCUAUGCUAGAACCAACCUUGCUUCGAGAGAACCACGCUAUCGAUUCACCAGUAUCGACAGAGCAGGGCUCCAAAUUCACAGAACAAUACGUACAGCUCCUGUGUAAACACGAUCCUGUUCAUGUUGCGGACUACAUCAAGAUGUUACCAUCCAGUAAUUUGCGGCUUGAUCGAGUUCUGCCAGCCAUGGAAGAGAGUGGAGUCAUCGAUGCUGCAGUGGCGUUACUCGCACGGGAUGGCCUGGCUCGUGAUGCUAUGGAGCGACUUGCUAUACAUAUCCAGAGCCUCCAGCAAGCUCUGGUCGGCCUGGUCAACACCGCAGCGUCAAAUCCGGACGUCACUGCUUCGCAGGAAACUUCGGAUGACCUUGUCGAGGAUCUGGAAAAAUACACAAAAGUCGGUAUCUGGUUGUGUCAGUCUCAAAGUGCCAUCGUGGAGCGAAAGCCACGACCGAGAACAAACCUUGCUUGGACCAUCCAGGAGGACGAUCUCGACUUGGACGAAUAUCUUUGGCUAAAUCUGGUCGACACUGUGGUCCAGGCUAGUCAAGAGGUCACAAGUGCGCUGAGGAAUUUUGAUGAACAUGCCAGCGAGUAUGGGAGCGAUCGAUUCAAGACUUCCAAGCUCAUCUCAUCACUAAGAUCCAACACACAGCAAGCUUUCACUUCAUUGCUGGCGGCAACAGCAACACCGGGUUCUGGGUUGAAGGUUUCCGAUGCUAAUCACAGCAAGCAGCCAGCAGACCACCUUGCCUUCUUGCGUGUCCUAAGAGCAUUUCUCACACGAGCUGCGAGGACUGCUCCAUCUUUGGCUGAACUGCGGGCUGUCCUAUCAGACAUAUUCUCAGCCUACACAUUCGAGCAGGGAGUUCUAUCAUUAGCGAACGAGCUCCUCGGUUCAGAUGUCUUUAGCGAUAUCCAAGAAGCAAACAGCCUUCGACAGCGCGGCUGGCGACCACGAACUCAAGCCUGUGAGCGAUGUAGGAKACGGGCGUGGGGACCAGGUACCGGGGAAAUCGUGUAUGAGCAAUGGCUUAUACGAGAACAAGAGCGUGAGGCGGGAAAGGCACGGAAAAUUCUAGAGCAGAGUGGUGGAGAGGAGGCGAGACGUCUUUCCAGGGGUAAAGCCAAGGCUUCGCCUACGACAGCUACCGAGAGCAGUAUGAGUGACAGUGGGGAUACUAGGCGGUUGGCACUGGUGGUGUUUGCAUGCCGACACGUCUUCCAUCGCGUGUGCCUCGAUGAAGAAUAUCGAGAUGGAAAGCCGUCGAAACGAGAGACGUAUAGAUGUCCGCUUUGUAUAGAAUCCGCAUGA